AUGGCGAAUCGUACGGAUCGUCAAAGCUUUAAUAAAAUUUACGAACCUUUCUCUCAACAAAAUAAAAUCAAAAUUCCCGAUUCUGAAGAAAUUAAACAAAUUAUUACUUCAAUUGACUCAACGAUAUUAACAAAGAUUAAAAAACACACAUUUCUCCCUCUGGAAGAUCUUGUGACUCCACAUCCUAGAAAAAAUCGUUUUCAUAAAGAACCACGUCCUCAGAAUCCUUUUGUUAUCUAUCGACGAAAUAUUCAAGCAAAAAUUGCUGCUGAGAGUGGUUCUCAAUAUGGAUCACAAUUAGAUUAUGUUUCAAAGGUGGCUUCAACCAAUAAUCAAGAAAUUCAUAUUGAACUUCCCAUUGAACAAAAUGAUUACUCAUCUCCUCCUCUUCUUUCCAACAAUCAACAAUCAGUAUCAUCAUCUUCUUUACGCCCUCUUCUUAUUUCACCACCCUUAAUCUCGCCGAAUAAUAACAACAAUAACAAUAUGAACGUUACUUCACCAUUCCGUCAUCCUUCUUUUUCCUCUAUUUCAUAUACGCAAUAUUUUCCUCCUAAUCUUCCUCCUAUUUGGUCAGCUUUAAAUUCUGGGGAUUUUAUUUUGACCAUUCCUCCUUUAAAUACUUAUCAGACGACAACAACUUAUUCAAACACAUUAAUAUAUCCACCAAUAAAUGGUUUAAAUAACAAAAUCCCUACCGCGAAUACACACUUAAUUUUACCGUCACUUGAGGUUAAUAUAUCAAAAUAUCUUACUUAUGUUCAUGAUCGUAAUAUACUUGCUUCUUUGAUACCAAUUUGA